UAAUUUGGGAAUUGGGUGUGUUGUCAUUUAAUAAUAGAGUUUAUUCGUCUCUCCAUGCGGCUGCUUACUGUUCUUUUGUCCGUGCUCGUGGCCAUUCAUGGCUACUCCAUGCAGUUUGGCAGGAUGCACAGGGCGUCCGUUCCCAUUUACGACGCUGAAUUCAAGUUGAAUCACUCUGCGGACUAUAUAGACGUGCAGUUCAAACAAAAGUCGACUGCAUUGAGUUUCAAUAUAAACAUGAUAUUGGUCCUCGAUGAAAGCGAUUGGGACCGAAGAGGCCGUGCAAUUAUUCUGUCUGGUGGUGUAGGAGUCAACUUUACCACCCUGAGACUGAUGUACUCUCGGCCCAAGGGAGGGAAGAUCACUGUACUCAUAUACGGAUUGCCUCGGAAUCGACCUAUCCUAGAUCUUAACACGAAAUAG